AUGGCAAUUGCAAUUGGCACAACAAUCAAGAUGAUUAUAGACCAACUUGGCUUUGGAAAGAUUCCUACCAUCGUGUGCACGGAUUCAUACUCCCUCUACGAAUACCUCGUCAAACUCGGAACCACCAAGGAGAAGCGUCUGAUGAUCGAUAUCAUAGCACUUCGCCAGUCAUACGAGCGAAGGGAGAUAAUAGAGAUAAGGUGGAUCAACGGGAGCGACAACCCAGCGGAUGCAAUAACCAAGGCAGAACCCAACAAGGCCUUGGAGAAGUUCAUCACCAUAAACACCUUACGAGUGCGAGUUGAGGGAUGGGUAGAGAGAAAAUAG